AUGCCCUCAGAGCCUGGCCUGACGCCAGACCAAGUGGCCUUCUUCAAAGACAACGGCUACCUGCUGAUCCCCAACUACCUGCCGCCCGACACCCUCACCACGCUCCUGUCGACCACCAACUCGCUGCUCGAGUCCUUUCCCCUCGACUCCCACCCACUCACACGUUUCACCACCGGCGACAACGACGGCGACGACCCCAGCAACGGCUCCAAUGCUGAACACGUCGGCGACGACUACUUCCUAACCUCCGGCGACAAGCUGCGGUUCUUCUUCGAGCCCGACGCCUUCUCGUCCACCACGCCCGCCACGCUGACCCGCCCCAAACACCUCGCCGUCAACAAAAUCGGCCACUCCGUGCACACCCUCUCCGCGCCAUUCUCACACAUCACCCAUGCCGGCCACAUCGGCGCCCGCAACGCCGCCAUCGCCCGCUCCCUGGGCUUCUCCGACCCGCGCGUCCUGCAGAGCAUGGUGAUCUGCAAGCAGCCCGGCAUCGGCGCCGCCGUGCCGCCGCACAAGGACUCCGAGUUCCUGUACACCGAUCCGCCCAGCGCCGUGGGCUGGUGGUUUGCGCUGCAAGACGCCCGCCGCGGCAACGGCGGCCUGGCCUUCUGGAAGGCCAGCCACAAGCGCGGCUGCAUUCGACGCCGCUUCGUGCGUGCCGCCGGCAAGGGAGCGGGGACCGAGUUUAUCGACUGGGACGGGCCGGGCCUGCCGGCGGAACUGCAGGCGCACGGAGAUGGGGAUUAUAUUCCGGUGGAUGAGGACCUAGAAGUCUUGGAUGUCCCCGCGGGCUCUCUUGUUCUGAUCCACGGGAAUGCGUUGCAUAAGAGCGAGAAGAAUACGAGUGAGAAGAGCCGCUUUGCGUACACGUUUCAUGUUAUUGAGGGUGCGGAGGGGUGGGAAUAUGAUGACAGAAAUUGGCUGCAGCCGCCGGGUACUGGGGAUGGGUUUACUCGACUGUUUGAGGGUGAGCAGUGA